ACAUAGAAGCAAAUAAUGUACCACAUCGGGAACAUAGUAUUAUUAUCUUUAAUUUGUAACACAAGCUAGAAAAGGGUUACGAAUUAGAAAUAUCUAAUUUGGAAGUUGCAUCGGGGUACCAGCUACUCUAGUUCAGGCCCUGCAAACAAUAACACGUGCGCUAUAAAUAAAUGAUUUAAUGCGUUUAAAAUGGCAAAACUUUAUUCGUACUAUACGCUCUGUCCGCUUAUCGAUCAACAAAAUUUGCUUGGUGUCGAAAGAGAUUCGGAAAGUGGCUGUGCAAUUGUAACGUUAGGAAGGAAUAUUGUCAUUCGAUAUAAGCUACAGGAUCCAAAGCAAUUGAGCAGUUGGACGAGUAAAGAUCGAUUAACAACACAAGUUAUUUACGAUGAAACGACUCACCGAUAUGCAGCGAUAUUUAACGAAAAGAAAAUACGUCUUUGGUCCGAGAAAGAAACAGAUUUAAAUAACAUUAAGGGUUACAAGUUUCAAUCUCCCUUGCACACUAUUCUUACUCUUGAAACUUGUCCUCCUGUGUUAGUUCGCAAAGAUGGUGCUACUGCUUUGUUAGAAUGGGCUGUACAAAACAGAAAGUCUUGGUCCAAGGAUGGGAUAUUAGGUGUGAAUGAAAGAAUUUUCGAUUGUCAUUUGAUUCGCACCGGCAACAAAAUUAAUUUGUGUCUCUUAACUGAAACCAACGGAAUGUAUAAUUGCAUGGUGGUUAAACUUAAUGACAAAACUUAUGCCAAGGAUGUGGACCGUGCAAGGAGGAUAGACUUGAAGAGGAAAUCAGAGGAGUUGGUUGGUCAUACGGUACUCCAAACCAAAAACAAAGCAUGUCUGUUAACAUUAUGGUCACAUGGUAGACUGUAUAGUCAUUCUUUGACAGAAACAAAUAAUGAAUCUAAUUUAAAUACAUUGAUCGGUAUUAUUUCUAAUAUUGAUACCAAGCAUCCAGUAGUUAUGACUCCUUUAAAUGAAGCCACUAUAGCAGUUUAUGGGGCUGAUGCUUCAGAAGAAGGUGCUGUAUUAAUGAUCUACAAUGUGCAAUUCAAAUUGGUACAAGACACACAAAAACUGAAACUUUAUACAAGAGAUGCAAAAUUAUGGAAAAUUGAGGACAAAUUACUGCUUGCUGCAAAUAGACAUUUAGCAAUUGCACCUUACCAUCUGGCUCCUCAAAGGAUAGCUACUUUACUUGGUUCAUCUUUACGUUUUAAAGCCGGCGAUGAUGCCGAGGAAGACGACGAAAUCGUCGUAAUACAGGAAUCAACGGUAGCUCAAUGGGAAAAGAAUGAUUCAACUUUCGUUAAACAAUCGGUUGAAUCAGCUCCUGUAAAACUUUCAAAACAAAUAUCCUCUUACGUUAACGAAGGGUUAAGCGAUGCCGCAAUACAAGAAAUAUUGAUUCCACAGUUGAUAGAAACAAAAGAUGUCGAAGGAAUCGUGUGGUGUUUAAAUACUUUUAAGGACUUGCCUGAAAAGUUAUUGAUCGAUCUUUUGAUCUUCUCACUGCGGAGUUCCGAUAGUACAUUUUUACCAUUGCAAAACGGUACAGUCAACAAUCAUUUCGCUACCAAAAAGUUUUAUUCGAGAAACGAAUUUCUCGAUAAAAUCUUUAGUCUCACUUAUUCCGAUGUUUCUUUAUCGUCGUAUUUGAAAAGUGGUUUAAAUUUCGAUGAAAUACUAAGACUUUUGCAAUACUUGGCACAAAAAUUAGACAAUCAAGAAGAUUUUUUCAACUAUAUCGCGCAACAGCCUACGGAUAAACAAUUAUACGAGUGGUCUAGCCUUUUGUUAGAAUCUCACUAUCAGCAUUACGUAUUGUCGCGAGAUCCAGAAGUGUUGAUGCUUCUUAACAAACUUAGUAGUGUUUUAGACGAUCACCUACGGCUCUUUAAGGAUAUGGAAAAUUUGAGGCCAAUAUUAAAAAGGACUAUUAACGGCAAAUCAUCGAAACUGUUACAAAAGAAUCGUAAUAAGUUUUACGCGAUAGAGGAAAUUAAGCUUUACUAAUAUGGAACAAACUUGAGCCUCAGAAAUAGAGCCCACCAUACAAAACCCCUUAUCUUUUGAGCAAGUGUAUUGAUUAACAUUGAAACUGAUGAUUUUUUCUUUAGACGGUAAGAAUCACUGACCCAGUAUACAUGACUAUUUUUCUUUAAUAUUGAUUGACAAGACCUUUAAACAUUUUUGGAACACUUUAUCUGUAAAUAUCAAAUUUAGAAACGCAUUCUUAAUGCAAACUCGCUAUAAUGUACAGGAAACGAAAUUGGGAAUAAAGGCUGUUUUUAUUUCUA